AUGAGUGUGGUUGGGGCGCACAGCUACUGCAUCGUGUCCUCGGAGGAAGAAGGCCUGCGUCUCGGUGCCAUGCCUGCUGUCACAAUGGGCAACGGCUUCGGUAACGGCAAGAUCCACACGAUGCGCCGCAAGUGCCGCAGUCGCUUCGUGAACAAGAACGGCCAGUGCAAUGUGCGCUUCUCGCACAUGGACGAGAAGUCGCAGCGCUACAUGUCAGACAUCUUCACCACAUGUGUGGACAUCCGCUGGCGCUGGAUGUUCCUGAUGUUCACACUGGUGUUUGUGGUGUCCUGGCUGGCAUUCGGCCUGGCCUUCUGGGUCAUCGCUUUGCUUCACGGGGAUAUGGACAACCCGGGUGGUGGAGACGAUAACUUCAGCCCCUGCGUCCUGCAGGUCAACAGCUUUGUGGCCGCCUUCCUGUUCUCUGUGGAGACCCAGACCACCAUUGGUUAUGGCUUCCGCUGCGUGACGGAGGAGUGCCCCUCGGCUGUCUUCAUGGUGGUCUUCCAGUCCAUCUUCGGCUGCAUCAUCGACUCCUUCAUGAUCGGCGCCAUCUUGGCCAAGAUGGCACGGCCUAAGAAGCGUGCAGAGACGCUGCUUUUCAGCAACAAUGCAGUGAUCGCCAUGCGUGACGGGAAGCUGUGCCUUAUGUGGAGGGUGGGCAACUUGAGGAAGAGCCACAUGGUGGAGGCCCAUGUCCGGGCCCAGCUCAUCAAACCUCGCAUCACCGAGGAGGGUGAGUACAUCCCCCUGGACCAGAUCGACAUCAACGUAGGGUAUGACAUGGGCAUCGACCGCAUCUUCCUGGUCUCCCCGCUCACCAUUGUGCACGAGAUUGAUGAGGAAAGCCCCCUGUUUGGCAUCAGCAAGCAGGACCUAGAGUUGUCUGACUUUGAGAUAGUGGUGAUACUUGAAGGGAUGGUGGAAGCCACAGCCAUGACAGCGCAAGCUCGCAGCUCCUACCUGUCCUCAGAGAUCCUGUGGGGUCACCGCUUUGAGCCUGUCGUCUUUGAGGAGAAGAGCCAGUACAAAGUGGAUUACGCUCACUUCCACAAAACCUUUGAGGUGCCAUCCACCCCCCAGUGCAGUGCCAAGGACAUGGCGGAGAUAGAGGACGAGGACAAGGAUCCUACGCCCACUGACAACUCUUUCUGCUAUGAGAAUGAGCUGGCUUUUAUCAGCCGGGACGAGGAAGAGGAUGAGGAGGGGAAGCAGGAUAUGGACAGGGUGCCAGAGCUAGAGAGACUGGAGGCCACCGUCGGCCUAGACCAGAGGUCAUAUCAUAGAGAAUCAGAGAUAUGACCUUAGACCUUUGACAAUAUUUUUCUUGUUACUCAGUUCUAGCGGGUUGUUUUCCAUGUGAAUACAUGCAGAGUAA